AAUUAAUUAAUAAUGGAUGAAGAAUUACAGAUUAAAGAAUAAUUGACAUAAGUUCCAUUCCACACUUUAUUGGGUUUUGAGAAGUAAAUGAAAUCUCAGUAAUAAGCUAAAACCCAAAUCAAGGAUUAAGAAUUGCCAAAAAAACUCAAAGGAGGUCCUGAAGUAAGAGAUGCAAGAAAACCAUUGCCAAAGAUCAAAAAUUAGCCAUAGAAAAAAUAAGAACAAAGAGAUCCAAGAUUCGAUAAAACAUCUGGUGAUUUAAGUUUAACCAAAUUUUAUAAAUCUUAUGAUUUUAUUGGAAAAAUGAAAUCAAAUGAGAUGUAAGUCCUAAAAAAGUAAUCCGAAAAACUUGACAAUGAAUCCAAAUAAAAAAUAAAAUAAAUAAUUGGUAAAUAGAAAGAUGAACUAAUCAAAUAAGAAUAAUUUUUGAAAAAAUAACAAACGUUUUCUAAAUUAAAGAAAAAGAAUUAUCAUCCUAAAUAAAGUAUUAUCAAAUAAGAAUUAUUAAAAUAAAAGUUUGAUUCGCUUGAAGCUACAGGAAAGCUGGAUGCAUAUAUGAAAUAAAAGAAGAAAUCAAUAUCAAAGAAACUUGAUUUUGCAUCUAAAAAAAUUAAAAAAUGAUUUAUAUAUAUAAAUGUAGCAGACCUAAAAUUGGGGUUUUUAUGCAAUUCUAUUAAAUAAAAAA